CUUUCGGGGGCUCUUGGGCCACACAGUCUCUAGGGGUCUCCCAGGCUGGUGGGGGCUGCCCCGAUUUGUCACCGGAAACAAUGGGGAUUCGGGGCCCGAGGCAAUGGCGCAAGUCCUGGGGGAGGGGAAAUUUAGCUUCCUCUGGUUUAGCCCUGCAGGGCCAAGCCGCGAGCCCUGGUGGCUGAGAGCAAGGGACUCGCAAGUGUCGAGUUAGGACGGGACCGGGCUGGCGGGCCUCGGCCCACAAUCUCUUCGCGGACGGUCCGUUCUCCUGUAUCCCGCGCCGGGUUUUGUGAUCUGCUCUCAUCUCUAGGCCAGGCCCCAAGCAAAGAGCAAAGAACUGGCCGGGGCCCCUCCCUCCCUCGGAUCAGGGGUUUUGUAGCUGCAGCAGCAGCCAGGCGCUCAGCUUCUAGAAGGAAGUCUUGCCGACAAGCGCCGCAGGGCUCCCUCCAGGGGUGAGGAAGAGCUCUGUCCCGGGGUCUAGCUCACCACAGAGACCGACGAUCCCUGGCCCUGCCCUGCUUUCAGAUCGCGAAUUUAGCGACAGCCCCUUCGCUACCCACCGGCCGCGUUUCCGGGCUCAGUGCUGGGGUUGCGGCACCCGGAACACAGACGAACGCAGUAGGUGCACUAGUUGUUGGAACCCGGGUACAGCUCUGCGGCACUGAGAGCUCCGCGGCCCCAAGUAUGCCGCUGGGGGCGGGGCUUGCAGAGGCCCCGCCCCAGCCCUGCACGGCCCUCCCUCGCCUCUUGGCCGAGUAGGCCAGGGGUUGAGCUGCGCUCUGAGUCCACGCCUCAGUGGGUCCUUUUUGCAGCAGUUGCGAAAACCCGGAACGAAGGUGUUGUUGCCGCUCGAUAGAGCGGCGCCGCCCCUCGCCGCACCUCCCCGCCAGUCCUCAGAGGCCUCGCUGGGCAUGCUCAGUCGGCAGGGCCGCUUCAGCUCUCGUAGUAGGAAGCUUGGGGCGCUUGGCUUGUGAGGACCCACGGCGGGGCGAAGAUGGAGCCCUUUACCAAUGAUCGACUUCAGCUUCCAAGGAAUAUGAUUGAGAACAGCAUGUUUGAAGAAGAACCAGAUGUGGUAGAUUUAGCCAAAGAACCUUGUUUACAUCCUCUGGAACCCGAUGAAGUGGAAUAUGAGCCCCGGGGUUCAAGGUUAUUGGUGCGAGGUCUUGGUGAGCAUGAGAUGGAUGAGGACGAAGAGGAUUAUGAGUCAUCUGCAAAGCUGCUGGGCAUGUCCUUCAUGAACAGAAGCUCAGGCCUUCGAAACAGUGCAACAGGCUACAGGCAGAGUCCAGAUGGGACUUGUUCAGUACCCUCUGCCAGGACCUUAGUGGUCUGUGUUUUUGUCAUCGUGGUUGCUGUCUCUGUGAUUAUGGUGAUUUAUCUACUGCCUAGAUGUACCUUUACCAAAGAAGGCUGCAACAAAAAAAACCAGUCAACAGGACUAAUUCAGCCAUUUGCCACAAAUGGGAAAUUGUUUCCAUGGGCACAAAUUAGGCUUCCCACUGCCAUUAUGCCUCAGCGCUAUGAACUUAGCCUACACCCAAACCUAACCUCAAUGACAUUCAGGGGCUCUGUGACAAUUUCACUUCAGGCACUUCAGGCCACGUGGAAUAUCAUUCUCCAUAGCACAGGACAUAAUAUUUCAAGAGUGACAUUUAUGUCAGCAGUUUCAAGUCAAGAAAAACAAGUUGAAAUCCUGGAAUAUCCAUAUCAUGAACAAAUCGCCAUUGUUGCCCCUGAAGCCCUUCUAACAGGACACAAUUAUACCUUGAAGAUAGAGUAUUCGGCAAAUAUAUCUAACUCUUAUUAUGGGUUUUAUGGCAUCUCCUACACAGAUAAAAGUAAUGAGAAAAAGUACUUUGCAGCAACUCAGUUUGAACCUCUGGCAGCAAGAUCUGCUUUUCCCUGUUUUGAUGAACCAGGAUUUAAAGCCACAUUUGUCAUCAAGAUUACAAGGAAUGAGCAUCACACUGCGUUAUCCAAUAUGCCUAAGAAGUCAUCGGUCCGUACAGAAGAAGGACUUAUUCAAGAUGAGUUUUCUGAAAGUGUGAAAAUGAGCACAUACCUGGUUGCUUUCAUUGUAGGGGAGAUGAGAAACCUGAGUCAGGAUGUAAAUGGAACCCUGGUUUCAAUAUAUGCUGUACCAGAAAAGAUUGGUCAAGUUCACCAUGCCUUGGACACAACUGUAAAGCUCCUUGAGUUUUAUCAAAAUUACUUUGAAAUUCAAUACCCACUUAAGAAAUUGGAUUUGGUGGCCAUUCCUGACUUUGAAGCGGGAGCAAUGGAAAAUUGGGGUCUGAUUACAUUCCGAGAAGAGACUCUUCUAUAUGACAAUGCCAGUUCUUCAGUAGCAGAUAGAAAAUUGGUUACUAAAAUCAUUGCUCAUGAGCUGGCACAUCAGUGGUUUGGUAAUCUGGUUACAAUGCAGUGGUGGAAUGACCUGUGGCUAAAUGAAGGCUUUGCGACUUUCAUGGAGUAUUUCUCUGUGGAAAAAAUAUUCAAAGAGCUCAACAGUUACGAAGACUUCUUAGAUGCUCGAUUUAAAACCAUGAGGAAAGAUUCCUUGAAUUCAUCCCAUCCAAUAUCAUCAUCUGUUCAGUCUUCAGAACAAAUAGAAGAGAUGUUUGAUUCUCUUUCCUAUUUUAAGGGAGCUUCUCUCUUGUUGAUGCUGAAAACUUACCUUAGUGAAGAUGUGUUUCAGCAUGCUAUCAUUCUUUACCUGCACAAUCACAGUUAUGCAUCCAUUCAAAAUGAUGAUCUCUGGGACAGCUUUAAUGAGGUCACAAACAAAACACUAGAUGUAAAGAAAAUGAUGAAAACCUGGACCCUACAGAAAGGAUUCCCAUUGGUGACUGUCCAGAGGAAGGGGACCCAGCUCCUUCUACAACAAGAAAGAUUUUUUCUAAGCAUGCAAGCAGAAAUUCAGGCUCCGGAUGCCAGCUACCUUUGGCAUAUUCCAAUAUCCUAUGUCACUGAUGGAAGAAACUAUUCAGAAUAUCGAUCAGUUUCACUACUGGACAAGAAGUCAGAUACCAUCAAUCUUACAGAACAAGUACAGUGGGUCAAAGUCAAUACAAACAUGACUGGCUAUUACAUUGUUCACUAUGCUGAUGAUGACUGGGCAGCUCUAAUCAGUCAGUUAAAGAGAGAUCCUUAUGUUUUGAGUGACAAAGACCGAGCCAACCUCAUAAAUAACAUCUUUGAACUUGCAGGCCUUGGCAAAGUGCCUCUUCGGAUGGCAUUUGAUUUGAUUGAUUAUCUUAGAAAUGAGACCCACACUGCACCCAUCACUGAAGCCCUGUUCCAGACGGGCCUCAUCUAUAACCUCUUGGAAAAACUAGGACACAUGGACCUGGCCUCAAGAUUGGUGACCCGAGUAUAUAAAUUGCUCCAGAACCAAAUCCAGCAGCAGACUUGGACUGAUGAGGGAACGCCAUCCAUGCGAGAGCUUCGGUCAGCCUUGCUGGAAUUUGCCUGUGCCCACAGACUAGAGAACUGUACCACUGUGGCCACACAGCUUUUUGACAAUUGGAUGUCAUCAAAUGGAACUCAGAGCCUGCCUACUGAUGUCAUGAUCACUGUGUUCAAAGUUGGAGCAAGAACCGAGAAAGGCUGGUCAUUCCUCUUAAGCAUGUAUUCAUCCAUGGACUGUGAAGCAGAAAAGAAUAAAAUACUUGAAGCUCUUGCCAGCUCAGAGGAUGUGCAGAAACUUUACUGGUUAAUGAAAAGUAGCCUUGAUGGUGAUAUCAUCCGAACACAGAAGUUGUCGCUUAUCAUCAGAACAGUGGGCAGACACUUUCCUGGACACUUGCUGGCAUGGGAUUUUGUUAAAGAAAACUGGAAUAAGCUUGUACAUAAGUUCCAUCUGGGCUCUUAUACUAUACAAAGUAUUGUUGCUGGAUCAACUCACUUGUUUUCAACGAAGGCACAUUUGUCUGAGGUCCAGGCAUUCUUUGAAAAUCAGUCAGAGGCAACCUUGCAGCUUCGGUGUGUCCAAGAGGCUUUGGAAGUUAUUCAGCUGAAUAUCCAGUGGAUGUCGAGGAAUCUAAAAACUCUGACCUUGUGGCUGUAGCACUCACAGCUGACCUUCCGGUGCCCACGGCUCUGCUGCUUUUGCAAAAGUUGAAGUGAAGGCAGGCCUGCUACUGAAUUGUUUGCACUGUUAGGAAUUCUAGUUAGCUCAGGGCCCAAUUAUGUUUUUCAUGUCUUUUCUGAAAUGUCUUUAGGCAGUAAGUAGUUAUUUAUUACAAAAUUAUAUUCACCUGUAUACCAACCAUCUACAAAAACAAUGCAUAAUUUUUCUUUAGACACACACAAAAAAGUCAUAUUUGAAAUUCUGUUCUGUUCAUUAGUGUCCAGAGAGUUGCUAACAUAGUGCAACCAAGGAAAGUCUGCUGUAAGAACCAUCAUAUCUGAGGGUUGCUGAUUGGCCAGUUGUUUGUUGCUCCUUGUUGACAGAUGCACUUGGAGUGUGAUAGCAUGGAAGAGUCCAGUGACAAAGGCCUGGAAGAUGCAGCUAUGGACAGCUGACCUCAGGUGGGCAGGUCUGCCCUGAUUGAGGGUUCUUUAAAAGGUUUAUAUCUUUAUUAUAAUUUUCCCUGCAGAAUAAUCAGGAUCUAAAGAGUUUUUCUUGUUUCUGUUGAACAGAUGAACAAACAGGCCUCAAAUUUCAGUUUUCCAAAUAUUUAACACUUUCUGCUUCAUCUUUAUUCUGAAUUGAGUUAAUGUUAAUUAUUUUAUCCAUGAAUUCCAGUACCCCCCAACUCUAUACACUUGGUUAGUCCUGCUUAGGUAGAUUUUCUGCUGUAUAGGAGUAUUUCUUUGCUUUGGCAAGCUUUCUGUUAAGCACUGGUAUUUUUGUCAUUACUUUCCCACCAAGAAUGUAAUUUGUUUAAGUUGCCUUUUGACCUAACAAAUCAUACCCUUUACUGUGUGAAUCGUACCCAUGUGUGUGCUUUUGCUUUAUGUUACAGUGUGUAUUAGAAGCAUUUCUCAAGAAAUUAAAGCUUUUUAUUUUGAAGUUCACCAUAGUACCUUAAAGGGACAAUGAGAAUGUGGAAAAGGAAUAAGUUGAAAAUAUGGUGGACUAUGAAUUCUUUUUUCACUGUUAAAAACAGUGCUUUUGUUUAGUUGAAAAAAAAAACUGUAGCUUUGUUUUAUUUUAUUAUGGUCAAACUAACAUUAAACAGAGCGGCCAAGGCUCAAGCAAAGGAAAAGGGAGGGAGGGUAUCCAGAGCAGAAUGCGGGCGUUUUCACUCCUUCUGAAGGAGAAAUACUGUACUUGAAUUUUUUUGAGCUAUGCAGACUUAUUCCUAGAUUGUUGUGUUUCUUUGAUUCUUAGGAGAGAAGUUUUCUUCUUAAUAACUCAUGAGAAUUCUAUAUUUUGUUUGAAAACGGUCCGUGUACAUAAAAAAGAAUUACUCAUUUGUGAACACUGAAAUCACUCCACAGAGUCAGACCAUAGAAAGGCCACUUUUUUUUUUGGCUGUUGUAAAGUUAGAAUAUGUGGAGCUGUAUACAAAGUUAUAGUUUAUUUUAUGAAAAUAUUUUUAUAUAACAAAAUUUUAAUGGCUGACAAGCUGAAAAUAGCCUGCUUUAAAUCUAAUGUUUGCUCCCAAUUUAGUCUUUUCUAAACAUUUUUGUGUUUUUGAGUAGAAAAUGUUAUUCCUGAGAAUCACAGAAUCAUCUUGAUAUCUUUGUGAAAUAGUUAAUUGUAGAUCUUUAUUUCCUUUGUGCUUUUGGUAAAUGAAUGAUAGUUUAGUUGAUACUGAAGGUUGUGGGGGUUGUAUUUUUAGAGUGAAGGGAAAAUACUCUGGUGGGUUUUAGUUGCCUUUUUUUUUCUUUUACCAUGUUGUAUUACUAAAUUCUACUUUGAUACAGAAUUUAACUUUUGCUACUUCUCAAGAUCAGUUCAAUCUUGAGAUUUAUCUGCCCAUCUUGGCAUUGAUCCUAAAGUCUAUGUAACUCUGCAUAUGGCAAAUCUUGUCUUAACACUUUUUUUCCAUGUAUGAGUGUGAAUGUAUGUGGUGUGUGAUGUUGUAAAAUAAAGCCUUUUGAGGAUAUGUGCUUUAAAAAAGGUAAUUCUUGAUUCACUUCUAUCAGAAGCUGUUCAUUCCCAGGAUUCUGGAGCCAUAAUAUUUUCAGUCUUACCUAUAAUCUUCAUCUCAAUAGUUUUUAACUUUGAUAGGCCUCCUCUUAAUUUCCCCACAAAAUCCUGUGAGUUUUCAUGUUUUGUUAGCCCAUUAUGUGCAGACUCUUAUAGCUAACUCAAAGUCAAGAAUAUAAAGCUGAGAGGAGAGGUAGCAUUUAUAGUCUGAUAGUAUAUUGGUAGCGUUCAGAUUUUCCUCCUCUGAAAUUUACAUUGCAAUCUGUACUUCUAGGAAGGAAAAUUGAGGCACGGGCCAGCUUGUGCUCUAGGUAUAAGCACACAGAUAUCCGACAUCAUUGGGUAGUGAUUGAAUGAACAUUCUGCUCAACACAGAGAAAGGGUAUACUUGAAUAUAAUGUGAAAGAUACAUCUUGAUUAUUAGGAAAAAUUGAAUUGGAAAUCUAGAUUUGUGGGGAAAAAAUUGAUUUGGAGAUCUGAAAGUUAGGAAUUGGAGGAGAUAAGUUUACUCUGUUAAUAUGGAGUUAGCUAUAAUAAAAAGUAGUGGCAGUUUCUCCCCAGAAACUUGUGCCUUCUGUCUCAUUUUGUCUUUAAAAAUGAAAUUGUGUUUGUCAGUGUUCAGUGUUUACAAACUUUCUUGCUAUCACAGGUUCUGCUUAACUGGUUUUCUUUGCCACAUGUGUUUUCAUUUUAUGAGACUUUAGCCACCAUUAGAACAAAAGCUUCCAGAAGAGUCCUGGGUAUAAAAAACAAAUCCAGCUGCAUCAGGUUUACUGGGUACCAAACAAUUCUUUCUUAUUAUUGGGAAGCAAGAAAUUAACAUUAACUCUUGUAUUUGUUGCAUGAUUGAUAGCCUGUUGUUGAAUUGGAUUUUAAAGGUGCUUACUUAAUCUAAAGCACCUGGAAUGGUAAUCUUCAGCCAGACUGCUGAGCACUUAUAUAAGACCGUGUGUUUGAGGGUUUCAGGGAUGGCACAGUACCUCUCAGGUGCACUGUUGCUGAGGACUGCAGUCCCAGGUUGAGUUCACAGAUAAGAGUGGGUUGGUUUAUAUUGGCCUCUUAAGAAUUGGGGUCAUAGGUGUAAUGUAGUCCCCCCCACCCUUGCCUUACUUUUAUUUAUACAGAAUGAAUGCUCUGCUUUGGGAAUGUUCUGUCUUUUUUCAUUUAUAGUUCUUGAAACUGGUUUUGUGUUCUUUUAUUUUGUUCUUAAAUCUCUGAAAUAUCAAAGAAGUACAAAGUGAAAAAUGGAGGUCUCAAAAAAAUGACAAAUCUAGCCGGGCGGUGGUGGCGCACGCCUUUAAUCCCAGCACUCGGGAGGCAGAGCCAGGUGGAUCUCUGUGAGUUCGAGGCCAGCCUGGGCUACCAAGUGAGUUCCAGGAAAGGCGCAAAGCUACACAGAGAAACCCUGUCUCAAAAAACCAAAAAAAAAAAUGACAAAUCUACUCUUUUCCCCAUCCCUUACUGCCUGGUUGGGCAAUAAUUAGCAGAGUAAGUGCUUGAUUUUUAGAGAGUUUGUGGGAGCUUGGAGGGGGGGGGGAGUGAUAUAUACUUUUGAAACAUACACAUGUAUUUUUAUGUUUUUAUUUUACAAAUUUUGUCCUGGUAAAGAGUGAAAUACUGCUCUCUGAUAAUCUCUCCUCUUCCCAUGUUGCCUACUCUAGGUAACAGCUAUAGAGUAAUUUGGUUUUAAUUUUUGAAAGGAUGUGGUGGGUUUCAAAAAGGAGCAAGGUAACUUCUUUUAAAAGUGUGUAGAAGGAGCAAGGUAACUUCUUUUAAAAGUGUGUAGAAAUAAUUUUGCUGUUAUUUGGGACUUAAUGCUGCCCUCCUUACAUUCUUGUGGACAUAACCAUACAAGUCCACAUGGAUGCAUUGGCAAUAACAGAAUAGUAAUAGUGCCUACUGUUUUGUUCUAGUCUUAGGAACUUAGGCUCCCUCUCAUCCUUUCAAGCACAUUUAUAAAUGCAAUUCUACUUUUUAUAUAUUUCGCUUAGACUUGUUUCUUUGCAUAGAUAACUUAAUUACCAUUAUGACUGAGUAUGACAGAGUUUUCCCUUUUCCUUGUUCCCUUUAAGGCAAUAAUUAAUUGUUCUGUUAGGGAGAGUUUGGAAGAGAGUACUUGACAUGACUUUUUAUUACUAAUUUUGUUUGGUCCUAUGCCCUUGAAAUGCAUGUGAAAAUACUUGAUGAAAUGUGGAAGACCAAAUGUAAACAGUCACAUUUUAUCACCUCUUAUUGCUUGUUGGCAAUAGCCAAUAGAAUGCGUAUGAGUGGAGUGUGGGGGUGCAGGGAUGUGUACCUAAUGCCUGUAUGUAUGUCCUUACUACUGUAUUGUAUUAAUUCACUGGAUGCUCAGAGUGGAAGGUACCAGUGGAGUUCAGAUGUAUAACAGUGCCUCUUUUCCUUUCUUUUAUUGUCUGGGGUGCAAUACUUGUCAAAGUAGUGUGAGUUUUUUGAAAGUUGGAUUUGGGUUUUGGGUGGUGAUUGUUUGGUUGGUUGGUUUUUGCUAAUCUGGAAAAGUAGUUUUGGGGUAAAAGUAUAUACUUUUUAAGUGUAUAAACAUGCUUUGCUGCAUUUUACUUCCUUGCUUUGCCUGUCCUUUCCAUGGAUUUACGAGGAAAGUUGGGGAUCCCUCUAAGAGGUUUCUUCCUUCCCUUACAUUGGACAUGCAGUGAGUGUCAAGUAGCACAGGCAGCUGUGGAGGUGGGGCUGACGUACGCCUUCACUCUGCUUUUGAUAUGUGCUUUUGUUCAUUGGUCACUGCAUUCCAUUGGGUAACUGUCUUGAACUUGGACUUACCAGUUUCUAACAAACCAUGGAGCUUUGAAUUUAGUGUCCUAGUGUUCUUACCCAUUGAUGUGGGAAGAAUUUUCUUUUCAUUUCUUCUCUUAGCUUUAGGGGGGACUAAGGGCAGGAGAUAUACUCUUACAAAUGUAUAUAAUUUUGUUACUAUACUGUGUUAUUUCAUUUGGUACUAAGUCCUUUACAUGGGCGUAUAAGUGCCUAAUGAGACGUGGAGGUCCGGAUGUAUGAAAACUUCCUCUUUCCCCUUUCCUCACUGCCUCUGUGGGCAAUUGUUGUAGAGUAGCAUAGAUUUUCUAACUCGGUUCCACCCAGAGGGGUGGGUAUGUAUAUACUUUAAAAUGUAAAUAUAAAUUUUUUAAUCUUUUUGUUGUUGUUACUUCAUUUGUACCUAAAUCUGUCUGUGGACACUUAGGUACAUAAGGAAUAUUGAGGUUCAUUCUAUGAAAAAUCUCCCCAUCCCUUUCCCUCAUUGCCUGUCUGGGCAAUCGCUUAUAGAGUAGUUGUGUAGUUUUGGCAUGGGAGUAUGGGGUGAAAGAGUUCUGGGUUUUUACUUUUUUAAAUGUAUUUAAAAGUUUGUCAGUUAUUUCAUUAUUUCACUCCCAAUCAGCUUUUGUGUUUGAGCUUACUGUCAAAGGAAGUGAGAAUCUAUACCCAGAGGCAUGGAACAUCUUUGCUUCACUCUAUCACCUGUGCCAGACUGUAGUAGUAUAUGAGUAAUGUGAGGCUUGGGUUCUUGUUUUGUCUGUUCGUUGCUUAUAACACAGCUUGUUAGAGAAAAAGGUAACCAUGUAUGUAUGUGUAUGUGUGUGCAUACACACACACACACACACACACACACACACACACACACACACAUAUAUAUAUAUAUAUGCCUUGUGAUGUUAACUUCAUUUUGAACCUGGUCCUUGGCGUGACUGUUUUUUUAAAUAUGUAUUUAAUGAACAUUGAGAUUGAUUCUAUGAAAAUUCUCCACACUCCCUUAUCCCUCAUUGCCUGGUGGGCAGUGGUAGACUAGAUGUUUUGUUUACUUAUCUUUCAUUGCUUUGUGGGGGGGCGUCUGGGUGUACAUAUAUUUUUGAUGUAUAUAAAUAAUUGCUACAUUCUAUAUGUUAUUCCACAUAGCACCAGUUCUUUGCUGGGAUUUGUAGAUAUAUAAUGAAACAUGGAGGUCCAGACGUAUGAUAACUCUCCCCUGCUCCCUUUCCUCAUUGCCUAUAGAGGCAAUAAUUUUAUAACAGGGUUUUUUUUUUUUUCUAGUGGAGGGGAGGGGAAACUGCUUAGAUAGGUAGUAGCUAGAUAGAGUGCAUGCUUUUAAAAUAUAUUUUUUCAUGGUACUGAUUAGACUCCUAGUCCUUUGCAUGGAUAAAUGGGUACCUAAUCAAAAUUGAGGAUUGGUGUAUGACAUACCUCCCAUUCUCCCCUUCUCCUUAUGCCUGUAUUGGCAACAGUGAGUAAAGCAGUUGUGUGUUUUUUACUUAAUUGCUUUGGAUUUAUAUUUUUGAUAGAAGACUAUCCUUAGUAUAAAUAGUUUUGGUUUUUUUAUUUCAUUUUGUGUUUAGUUCUUUGCCUAACUAUAAAGGGCAUAAUGAAAAUUAGUUUUGUAAUAUGAUAGAGCGCAUCCUUUCUUGCAUAUGUCAUCAUUCAGCAGUAACUAGUGCAGUUGUUUUGUGUUUUUUUUUUUAUUCUGGUUAUUCUCUAGGAUAUAUCUUUAAGGAUACAAAUAUAUACACAUACAUAUUCAAUUUUUUCCCUUGCUGUCAUUGUUUCACUUUAAAAUUUAUUGCUUUGAAGAUUUCUACAUGCACCUAGGAAAAAAACAAAAGCUCAUUACAUCUUGGGCACCUGACUGGAAGUGUAGCCCUGUGACUCCAUGUCGAAAAGUGGCAGUGAGUAUGCAGCAAAUACUAUGGGAGAAGACACUCAGAUAUGGCUGCAUUGUGGAAACUAAUCAGACCCAGCAAUUCUAAUGUUUCAAACUGAGAUGGUGAAAGAACUUCAGGGGCUAGCCUUUUCUAUCUUAGAACAUCCACAGAUGGCAGGGCAAAUUGGCCCCUUCUUACCCAGAACUCUUUUGUGUGGCUGCAUCUCUUUCUCCAGUUCUCUAUUAACCGAACCAUUCCUGUUCUGUUUUUCCUUUUGCCUCCAGCGCCUUCAUUGUUGUUAGAUGCUGUCUUAAGUUGUACUCACAAAUUUAAGCUAAUACUGCAUCCUAGUCGACUUUGAUUCUGUGUGCAUCUCAUGCACCCGAGCCUGUAUGUCUGCUCUAGGCGUUCUUAUAUUCCACCACAUGGUAAAUGUUAUGACUACAUAUUUGUCUGCAUCAAAGAAAAUGCAUGUGCAUACCUUCCCUGUCCUUCCUGCAUCUUAGUUUUGUUUUGUUUGUACAUUUUUUUAAGUUGAUAUUCCAUGAGGAAGAUUUGCCAUAUCCUUUUAAGAAACACUGAGUGAUAGAUAGGACUCCUAGAAAUUCUCAAAGAAGUGUUAUUUACCGUAUCAAACUCAGGAAUGUGUUGGAAAAUUAGUCUAGUAACAUUGCUGUUACUUAUACCUGCUGCUGUAGGAAAAGUUAUUCAUGACACAUUUACCUUUGAUCAUAAAUAAAAGAGAAAGGGCCACCUUUUUGGAGUUAGUCAUGGUAGUCAUUAGUUAUAUUUUUGAACCGUUUUUAAUUUGAAAUACUUCAAAGGAAGUAAAGGUCAUGGCUUAGCUCAAAGAAAUGCUCCAGAAGUUCGGCUGUAUAAAUCAUCAGUACAAUAAUACAUUCUGUGUGUGUGUUUGUGUGUGUGUGUGUGUGUGUGUGUGUGUGUGUGUGUGUGUGUGUGUGAAAUGAGAAUUGCUACAUAAUUGGAGCAUUUGCCUUCAUCAGCAAAUCACAUUGAGACAAACUAUAGUCGGCUGUCUUGAUUAAAGCCAAGUGUUUCUUGUGGCUGUGAGGAAGAGUCUCUUGCAAAGUUACUUUGGAAAGUAACUGCUUGGAAACUUACAAAGGUAUUACUUUUUUUUUUUAAACACCAGUAGAAACCUUCAGUUCCUUCAGUCUGAGUUCGUGGGUAGAAUUCUAAAUUUAUAUCCUAAUCUGUCUUUUGUGGAAAAUUUUGAAAAUAGUAUGUAUGUGUAAUAUUGUAUAUGCAAAUUGUGUUGUUCUACUUGUAAAGGGAAAAUGCUUAUUUUUCUUUGUACUUGUUUUGCAUAUGACCAGCACUGAUUGAAAGGCAUGUUUAACUGCAAACACUUGCUUUCUUUGUGAAAUGAAAAUAAAGUAUUUAAAUAUAAA